ACACUAUACACUACAACUACCAUGAUGCAGUGCGGCGGAUGAACCACGCGCGCCCCAGCCCAGCGCUCAGUGAGCCAUAUUACGGCGGAAGGUGGACGGCGGCAGAAAAGCGAGUAGAACAGUUAUAAUUUCCUCUUCAUAUCGCGAAUAAACCGCUCUGAAAUCAUGUCGGGAGACGAGAUGAUCUUCGAUCCCACCAUGACCAAGAAGAAGAAGAAGAAGAAGAAGCCCUUCAUGCUGGAGGAGGAAGGAGGAGAGGCGGAUGAUGGAGUGCAGGUCGAGACAAAGGAGCCUGAAGUGGACGGAGCAGAAGAGAAAGAAUUGGAUGUGGAUGAAGAUGAGGGAAGAAGGAAAGAGCCGUCAGACGACCUGGAUGACCUGAACUUCUUCAACCAGAAGAAGAAAAAGAAGAAAUCCAAAAAGGAAAAGAUCUUUGACAACGAGCUGGAUGAAGGGAUGAAGGAGCUGAAGAUUGAGGCGGAACCGUCUGAGACACUAGAUGACGAUGAUUUAAUGCUGCCUGCUAAGAAGAAGAAGUCCAAAAAGAUUAAGGAUUUCCAGGAUGAUGCAGAUGUUCCGAGCAGAGAUGACGGUCUGGAGGAUGACGACAGUAAGAACCUGGACGACAUCACGUUCAGCACACAGACGGGUCCUGCCUGGGCCGGCUCGGAGAGAGACUACACAUACGACGAGCUUCUGAGCAGAGUCUUCAACAUCAUGCGGGAAAAGAAUCCAGACAUGGUUGCUGGUGAGAAAAGGAAGUUUGUGAUGAAGCCCCCUCAGGUCGUGAGAGUCGGCACUAAAAAGACCUCGUUUGUUAAUUUCACAGACAUCUGCAAAUUGUUGCAUCGACAGCCCAAACAUCUCUUGGCGUUCUUGCUGGCUGAGUUGGGUACCAGUGGUUCCAUAGAUGGAAAUAACCAGCUUGUUAUCAAAGGAAGGUUCCAGCAGAAACAGAUAGAGAACGUCUUACGAAGAUAUAUAAAGGAGUAUGUGACGUGCCACACGUGUCGUUCUCCUGAGACCAUCCUGCAGAAGGACACACGUCUUUACUUCCUGCAGUGCGAGACGUGUCAUUCCCGCUGCUCUGUCGCCAGCAUCAAAACAGGCUUCCAGGCCGUCACCGGCAAAAGAGCGCAGCUGCGUGCCAAAGCCAACUAACACCCACCCAGACCGCUCCGUACGGCGCUCCACGGCCAGACUCCACAAACCUACGCCUUUACUGCUCCUGCUCAGAGUCUGCGUUUCAUUCAGGAAGUGUUCUAGAGCCGUGAGGCUGUUCUUUUCUUCUUCAUAGAAAGCUCAAGCUCCACCUGCUGCAGCUCCAGCUACCUUUAGCGUGAGGAUUUGCGUGCUUAGAGUUGUGGAGUCUGGCCUUGAAGCUCUGGAUUUACUGCUCUGUGAGAUGUGGCGCAGGAUCCCACGGCCUGGACAUUUUUAUGAACUGUUGGUGAAUUUGUUACUGCUGCCUUGCCUACACAGGAAAAAUUAAAAUCAAUAAAAUGCAUACCAGAUGGCUGAACACGUGCUGCGUAGGUUCUCUAAUGGAAAUUAACACUGAAACCUUUCUCAGUCCGUUAGCGGAGUCACUCAGAACCACCUUUUACAUCGAUUUGUUGUUUUUAAUAACCACUGAUGAUGGUUAUAAAAAUGUCAGACUGAUAAAGCUCUACAAAUCUAAUCGUGAAAGACAGACUCCUUAUAUCAGUAAUUUUAAUUAACUUCUAUAGUUGUGACACAAGCAAAAGUGUCAUUGUAGUAAAAUAUUCUAAUCUAUUAAAGUGAAUCUGCAUACAGACCGUAGUACAGUAAUUGAUAACCUGAUAGUGCUGUUUGCUACAAAGCUGUGUUCUGUAUAAUCAGAGUUCAUAUUUUUGGUCACUUUACUGAAGGGCAGCGUUCAUAAACAUACACAACACAUGAAUAAAGCUACAUAGACAUAUAUAAAGGCUUCAGUUGCCAUAACACUGAAGUGAAAUGACAUUAAAUUGAUCAAAAGCAGCCUUUAUGUCAGCUGACACUAGGAAUAAGUCCUUGUGUUAGUUUUUGUGAUUUUGUACAUGUUGUAGCUUUUAUGGUUACACCAGCUGUAAAAAUGGGAUAAAAUCUGUUAAAAGUUGUUAAAUUGAUGAAUAAAUCCAGGCCUGUACA